AUGAGAGAAGUUGCUUCAAAUUCAGAAAUAUCUAGUAUCCAUCGUUUACCUGAUUAUGUCAAACCUAUUCAUUACGCUAUUAAAAUAAUGCCUCUCCUGAAAAAAGACAAUUGGACUUACGACGGCGAAUCUGAUAUUGAAAUACAAAUGAAGCAAAAAAGUAAUUUUUUAGUUUUAUAUGCAAAAAAUCUUGAAAUAAGCGAUAAUAUUACGAUAGAAAAUGAAAACGGAAUGCAUCAAUCUGUUAACUAUAAAAUUGACAAUGAAACAGAUUUUUUAACAAUUACAUUUCAAGAGGAACUAUCUGAAGGAAUUCAUACUUUACAUUUGAGAUACCGAGGUAAAGUUAACGAUGAAGCACAAGGUCUUUAUCGCAGCAGUUAUACAGAUAUUUAUGGAGAAAAUCG